AUGAUCGAGGACGGCCUCACUCAGAGGCGACCGGAAGCGCCAAGGUAUACAAAGCCGUACCCGCCGGAAAUUGACCGAACCCCUCUUUCCCGGAACUAUCGAUUGCCUGAAUUCAUGCUUUUCUCCGGGGAUGGGCAGACCUCCUCCAUUGAACACAUAGGCCGCUUCACGGCCCAGUGUGGAGAGGCCGAUUCAGACGCACAGAAGCUCCGUUUAUUUGUUCACUCUCUGACCGGCGCAGCGUUCUCAUGGUUCAUAAACCUUCCGCCGAAUUCGGUAAGGGAUUGGUCUUAUAUGGAAAGGAUAUUCCACGAACAUUUCUAUCAGACCAACCGAGAAAUAACGGUCGCCGAGCUAGCAAGGAUGAGCCAGGCGUCAGACGAAUCACCUCGCGACUACUUGCAGCGGUUCAAAACAUGCAGGAACUGGUGCCGCACAAACCUACCGGAGAGGGAAUUAUUCAAGAUGGCCAAAGAGGGGUUGGAGUUCGAGUACUGGAAAAAAUUCCAGGGGAUCGAAUUCCGAGAUAUGCAUGACUUGAUCAACAAGGUGGACAGGUACGCGUCCUUGUUGAAGGAAGAGAUGCAGAAGAAGACGGCUUCAAAAGGGACUUACUACAGGAAUCUCAUUGUCAGCUAUGCCGAAGCAGACGGCUUCGCAGAGGCCGAGAGCGACGAAGUAGAGAUGAGUUUAGCCGAAGUCAGCAUAGACAAACCAUUCGUCUGCAAAGGACUUAUCAAGGCCGACAAUAGCCGUACAAAAAUUCCCGACGCCAAGUUUGCAACUCGGGAAACGAAGGCCUACACUUUUGACUUAACAAGGGCCGAAGCUAUUUUUGACCUGCUAUUGGCCGAAAAAAAGGUCAAGUUGUCAUUCGGCCAUAAAAUUCCGAAGCCCGACGAGCUCAAAGGGAAGACAUUUUGCAAAUACCAUAGUUCUUGGUCUCACAACACCAACAACUGCGUUGUCCUGCGAGACAUCAUCCAGAAGUUGAUAGACGAAAAGAAGCUCCAGUUCCAAGAGAAGGCGGCCAUGCAGGUUGACUCCAAGCCAUUCCCUCCACCUGUCGUCAACAUGGUCGAUGCCCAACUCCGAGCUGAAUAUAGGGAAAUUCGUCGGCCGGCGAAGGAGAAGGAACCAUCGGCCGAAUCAGAGCCAGUGCUUUGUGUUUGUGCCUAA